UUCUCAAAGUAAACCCUCCGAAUGAUAUAGACAAUGAUUUCCGACAAAUAUCGGUCCUUCCACAGUUAGCCAAAGCGUUAGAAAAACUUCAAUUAUCCCUACACAGGCAAGAUUUAACAAUCAGAAAUAACCAGUACGCCUUUACACAAAAUCGCUCAACUGUGUCUGCGCUCACUUGCAUUUCACAGAAAUGGUUUAAUGCAACCGAUAACUCGCCCGAUAGUCGCAUGGUGGUUCACGCCCUCUUUCUAGACCGGAAAGCCUUCGACAUGGUAGACCACGGAAUACUCCUGAGAAAGCUUGCCGAACUAAAUAUUAACAAAAGUCUCGGGCUAUGGAUUCAAAGUUUCUUAGACGGCAGGAGUCAGCAGGUUAAACUGAAUUAUUUUCUGUCGUCUGUAUCAUCAUGCCCUGCUGGCGUUCCACAAGGGUCUGUAAUAUUACCGGCGCUCGUCAAUGACAAUGUACAUAUUAAUGAUAUUGAAGAUUCUGUCCCAAAUUCAAUAGCAGUGGAUACGCACAAAUAUGGAGAUGCCUGUACCCUAGAUCAAUCUGUUAAAGAAGGUGACGUGAGUCAAAUGCAGGAGGUUCUCAACUCCAUGCAGACAUAG